GCUCAAGUGAAUAAACGUCAGCUGAGCGCCUAUUUGCAUGCCAACAAACGCCAAAGGAGGGGCAAUGCUUGGCGCAUGCAUUUUCACGCCAGCACCAGCGGUCGAAGCGUCAUCCCAGCCGUGGAAUGUUGGCGAGCGGGCAAGGUAAAGCUGAAAACGUGCUUGCUGCGCACGCGAUUAGUUUGCUUAAAGAAUGAAUAAAAAUUAAGCGAAAUGUGUUCGGUCGUGUGGAGAUAGUCGUACAAAUAUGUAUAGCAUGUUUGAGAAUUUACAACAACACAUUGUUUCUUGGCACACAUUUGUGACAUAUUUACUUGAACAGUAUUGUGGGCAGCGUGCCUGCUGCUUUCAACUACGGCGAGCCGGUCGCAGUGUUCAAGAUUAGCGUGUAUUUAUGGUUCCCUGCCAGUGUGAUCGCCAUCCAAGUGCUCAGUUGCGUUUAGUAAGCGCAUAAGUCAAGUUGACUAUUUGCUGGGAUUCAUUGACGGUUCAGCUGUUCGGGUUAUAUACGAGUGCACGAAAUGUUCUAGCCGCGCAGGAACACCAAGGAAGGAAAUAAGCAAGAUCGGUGAUCUUGCCUAAGUAGAUAAGUGUUUGUUUAAAUACCCGCAUUUCAAAUUCGUGUAUCAAGUGCUCAAGUAUCUUUUCGAUUGGAAAUUUUUUACUACUUGUUUAUUUAUUUUUCGAGAUUUUAAAUUUGUAUGCCGAUUUGUGUACAUGCUCGGUAUACAGCGUAAAUAAGUUUCGUUUUCAUUUGAAAUCGCUGCAAGUGUUACAAUGCACGUCCUAGGCCUAACUUGUUGCCUGCUGCUGCUGGGUGUCCAUGCUAGCUAUGCACACCGCGCAGCGGGCUCUAGAAACUUUACCGUCGACUGGGAUAAUGAUCGUUUCCUGAAGGAUGGCGAACCAUUCCGUUUCAUAGCCGGCUCGUUUCAUUACUUUCGCGCCCAUCCCGAUAGUUGGCAACGCAAGUUGCAGACAUUACGAGCUUCUGGCUUGAAUGCAGUAACCACUUACGUUGAAUGGUCGCUGCAUAAUCCGAAAGAAGACACAUAUGUCUGGAAUGGUAUUGCCGACUUGGAGAAUUUCAUCAAACUAGCCGAUGAGUUGGGGUUGCUUGUGAUACUACGUCCGGGACCUUAUAUUUGCGCUGAACGUGAUUUUGGCGGCUUCCCUUACUGGCUACUCACAAAGUACACGAAUAUAAAACUGCGUACAUCUGAUGUCAACUAUUUGUUUGAGGUGCGCCUUUGGUAUAAUGUGCUCUUCAAUAAACUCAAGCCAUACCUCUAUGGAAACGGCGGUCCAAUUAUUAUGGUACAGGUGGAAAAUGAGUAUGGUUCCUAUUAUGCUUGUGAUAAGAAAUACCGCACUUGGCUGCGUGAUGAAACACUCGAACAUGUGCAAGACAAUGCCGUGCUCUUCACUAAUGACGGUCCGAGCGUAUUGGGCUGUGGUCACAUAGAAGGUGUGUUGGCAACCAUGGACUUUGGUGCGACCAAUCAGAUAAGUAAUUAUUGGGCACGAUUGCGGCAGAUACAACCGAAAGGACCGUUAGUCAAUGCAGAAUUUUAUCCAGGCUGGCUCACACAUUGGUCAGAGCCAAUGGCGCGUGUGCGUACCGAGGCGAUUUCAAAAUCAUUCAUUGAUAUGUUGGAUGUUGGUGCCAGUGUCAAUUUUUACAUGAUGUUCGGCGGCACAAACUUUGGCUUCACCGCAGGUGCUAAUGAUGGUGGUCCCGGUCGUUAUCAACCCGAUAUAACUUCAUAUGAUUAUGAUGCGCCAAUGAGUGAGGCUGGCGAUGCCACGGAAAAAUAUCAUAAAUUACGUGAAAUUAUCGGACGUUAUUUACCGUUACCGAAUAUACCAAUACCAGCGCCGACCACGAAGAAAAACUACGGUACUAUUCGUUUGAAUGCUUGCUGUUCGAUGCUUUCCGCAAAAGGUCGUGAAAUACUUUCGACUGGUGUUGUCUUCGAUACAAAACCGAAAACCUUUGAAGCGCUCAAUCAGUAUUCGGGCUUUGUGCUUUAUGAAACUAUGCUACCCACGUUCAAACGUGAUCCUACCAUCUUACGCGCUAGUGGCAUACAUGAUCGGGCCUAUGUGCUUAUCGACGAUCAAUUGGUGGGCAUACUUUCACGUGAGACACCCAUCUAUGACCUUCCCAUCAGUCCAACCUACGGCAAGCGUUUGCAAUUGUUGGUGGAGAAUCAAGGCCGCAUUAAUUUUGGACCGGUAACGGAUUUUAAGGGAAUCACCAGUAAUGUUAUGCUCGACAAAGACAUAUUGACCAAUUGGACAAUGACAAAGUAUCCACUGGAAUCUAUUGCGGAUAUCGAAACACUGAUAGCCUUAGUAAAUGCUGAUGACGUCAAUAUUAUACGUCGCUUUCACGAGGAGAAACGUGGCAGCAUCUUAAGUAACGGUCCAACUAUUUACUAUGGUCAAUUAACAAUUCCAGACGGACAAGUAGCAGAUACGUACUUAGAUACGAACGGUUGGGGUAAAGGCUUGGUGUUUAUCAAUGGCGAAAACUUGGGUCGUUAUUGGCCGGUGGCAGGUCCACAGGUGACUCUCUAUGUGCCCCAGGAAGUACUUAAGAGUGGCGAUAAUCGUAUUGUGCUAAUCGAAUAUCAACGUGCAGCUCCAGCCAAUGAGAUUGCCUUUACUGAUACACCAAAUUUGGAUGGUCAUUAAAUAGUUGCUCAGAACAUAAAGUGGUAAUUUUGUUUCCUUUAACUAUAUUCGUAGUUUAUAUAACUUUGUUUUUAACUGAUGACAAUAAAGGGAUUUUAUAAAAAAUAAA